AUGCUCUAUCUUCGCCAUGCCUGGCUCCUGGGGGCGCUAGCCAACCUGGUGGCCGCCGAUGAAACCGAUUGCAACCCCCUCAACACCACAUGCCCCGCCGACGCGGCGCUGUCUACAGAGCACACAUGGUGGUUCAACGAGACGCUAGAUGACAAGCUUUGGGACAUGCAGACGGGGGAAAUAGAAUACACAUCGGAGGGAGCAGACUUUAGCAUCAAGACCGAAAACGCCUCCACCUUGUUGGUGUCGAACUUUUACAUCUUUUUCGGCGUCAUGGAAGCACAUGUCAAGAUGGCCAAGGGUGCAGGAAUCAUCAGCAGCGUGAUUUUGCAAUCAGAUGAUCUGGACGAGAUCGAUUGGGAGUGGGUGGGAUACAACACCAGUCAGGUGCAAUCAGACUUCUUCGGAAAGGGAAACACAACGACGAGUGAUCGCGGUGGCUACCAUGCCGUCGAAAACGCGGAUACCGAAUUCCACAACUACACUUCAUACUGGGACAAGGAUCGUCUGGAGUGGUGGAUUGAUGGCGAAUUGAGGCGCACGGUCAACUACUCCGAACCCCUCACCGUCUAUGGCAAGAACUAUCCCCAAACGCCGUGCAGAGUCAAGGUCAGCAAUUGGCCUGUGGGUAUUCCGUCCCAGUCGGUAGGAAAUAUCGAAUGGGGUGGUGGUUUGGUCAACUGGACCAACCUCCCCUUCACUAUGACGGUGCAGAAGAUCCGUGUCCAGGACUUUUCCUCGGGCAAGGAGUACGAAUACAUUGGCCACAAUGGCUCUUACGACAGUAUCAAGGUUGUUAGUGGAAAUUCCACUGCCGCCAAAGAAAUCUCGAAGGCACCCGCCAAGUCGCUCUCCCAGAAAUGGGACGACCUGGGCACAGCAGCCCACAUUGGCGUCUACUGCGGUGCUGCCGCAUUCGCUGCCCUCUGUAUUGCCGGCUUUGUGCUGUACUUCCUGCGCCAACGCCGCCAAGGUCGCCUUGAGCGCGCUCUUGGUGAGGGUCAGGGGGGUGCUGCCGUGGACCCGACCGAGAUGGAAACGUACAAAAAGCAAUGGAGGCAGAGCGACUGGACGACCCGUCGUGGGUACCAAGCAAUGGAGCGGAUUUUCGAUCAUAAAGCAAAGCAAUUAAUACGCACAGACAGCGAGAUCCCGGCUGAGGACAAUUUGUUAGGGUGGCUACUCUGCAAACAUAGCCACACGAUACAUCCAAUGAUCUACACUCCACUCUCAUGCAAGGAGGUUAAGUUUGCUUUGGUUGCCACGCAAGAAACUAUUACCCGGUUUUUGUGCGCAAGACUGUUGACAUUGUACUCCGUAAGUACGGAGUAG